AUGGUUCAGGAUAUGAAGAAUUCGACUACACCAGAGAAAACAUCAGCAAUUGGAAUACACGAGAUGCCAAACGAUGAAAAACGGAAAAAAGUUGGAAAUUAUAUCAUACUGAAAACGAUCGGUGAAGGUAGUUUUGCGAAAGUACGAUUAGGUGUUCAUCUAGUGACAGAUAUGAAAGUCGCAGUGAAAGUUAUCAAUAAACGUGAAGUUUUCAAACGGAAUUAUCUUCGAGCAAAUCUACGGCGGGAAGCAGCGAUGAUGCAACGAAUGUCUCAUCCGAAUAUUGUUCAGUUACACGAAGUGAUGGAAACGGAAAAUUCUUAUUAUAUCGUCUUGGAUUUGGUUCAUGGUACAGAAUUCGUCAAAUAUUUGACAAAGAAGAGACAAUUGGAUGAGAACGAAACGAGAAAAUACAUUCGACAAAUAGUCUCUGCAGUCGAUCAUAUGCAUCGUGCUAAUGUUGUUCAUCGUGACCUAAAGUUACAAAAUUUCAUGCUUGAUGAAAAUGAUGAUAUUGUUAUUAUUGAUUUCGGUUUAAGCAAUUGUCUAGAUGAAAAAGGUUUUCUCACGACACAAUGUGGUUCACCAGCUUAUGCCGCACCAGAAAUCUUCGCACACCAAGAAUAUGGUCCGUCAGUUGAUAUAUGGAGUAUUGGCGUAAAUAUGUAUGCAAUGCUUGUUGGUAAACUUCCAUUCAAAGUUGAACAACGCAGUCGAAAUCUUGCGAAAUUACACGCUUGUAUUUUGAAAGGAUGUGAAAUACCAAAUACCUUUUCUCGAGAUUGUCAAGAUUUAUUAUCGAGAUUACUAGAACCAUCGCCAACAAAACGGAUAUCUAUGCAAGAAAUUCUCCGUCAUCCAUUUUUAACAUCUCAAUUGGGACCGAUUGAAUUAGUCCCAUUCAAACCUAAUUCUGAAGGUACAGAAAUCAAUCGACAUAUUAUUAGAUAUCUUGCACUAAAACACAACUAUUCCGAACAAGAGAUCGAAGAUGCCGUUUUACACCGGAAACCUGCUGCUUCUCGCGCAUUUUAUACAUUAAUUGAACGUCGAUUGCAAGAAGGACUCGGAUGGCCUGAUCGAACUUACAAUAACUCUGUAGCAAGUAUACCUACAACUGCUAGAGGUACAAGUGCAAGUGAUGGUUCAUCGGAUGCUGUUGUUUUGGACAAACUAGCUCGUCAUGAACCGUUGUUACCGAGUCGUCGUGAAUCAAGUCGACAGUCGUCGUCCGUAUUUACAAAUAAACUUGCCCGAGAAAAAGCCAACUAUGCUUCUGACGAAAAUCUUAUUGUUCGAGGCAGUAAUGGUGCUCUAACUCAAGAAGCGUUAAAUGAACUCGUACCUCAACCACGAUUAACUGCAAGAAAAUCCUACCACGAUGUUCUUUCGCGCAAACAAUCAGCUAUCAACGGACAUAAUGAGUCAACAGAUGACCAACUUAGUCCACGAAGAACGGUUACUUCUACUUGCCUUACUCCACUCAAAUCUUCGAUAAGUUCUCAACGAGAAAACAAUAACGUCGCUCAACCACCUGCACCACUGCAACCUCAACCACAACCAAUUAUUAAACCACGAAGUUUACCAAAUUCUACAUUGGAUCAUGCAAAUCAAAACGGCUUUCAUCUACCUCAUGAUCCAUACAAUUCUCGCACGUCAAAAGCUCCCAGUCGAAUUUCUCACGUUGAACAAACAAGAAAAUCUCAAGAACAAUCUCCUGUACGAUACAAUGCAUCACCAUCAGUAACAGUGAAAACAAUUGGUUUAUUUUUGAAGAAUUCUACUCUACAUUCACGCCUCGGUUCUAGUGUCAGCAAAUCAUCGAAAGUAACAAAUGGCGAAACGACGGACGCUCACCAAACUUCUCCCACAUUGAAAUUCUAUCCGAAUAACAAUUCGACCAUCAUCAACUAUCAUUCGCAAGGUAGUCUGACAAAUAAAGAAACAACGAAACAAACAUUUAUUAAAACCAAUGGUUCAUCACAUCAAAUCUCUUCGAAUAAAGUCUAA